AUGGCCGUCGACAUUGCAAGUCCGGAUCCUUCUGUGCACGAGGCAAACGAGGUUCAGGAUGAGUUCAGCCUCGCAAAGGAGUUCUAUGACGCAUACAAGAAGUACGCUUCACGCGUGCAGCCAGGGGUUGGUUGUGAGCAACACGAACUGGAUGGCUUGACUGUUCAGCUGAAGACAAUCGCACACCAUGUAAUGCAGUUGAAGCUAUUUUCGCCAAACGAAGAGCUGGAUGACAUAAGCACAACUGACCUCAAGUACAUGCUUGUUCCCUAUUUGCUCGCUGAGGCGGCUGCUGCAGCACGAGAUAUUGCUGUCCGUGGGACGCAUCUGCAAAAUGCAUUGGUAUAUUGGCGUGCGUUCGCGGCCGAUUGCUAUCGCUUGGCCAUAGGGCAUUCAGACGAUCAUGCGUCCUUGGACCAGGAGCAGCCGCCAAGGGAUGCCGCAGCCCGCCGAGACGAGAAAAUUGCGCGCCACAAACGGUGUAAGGAACUCGAUGCCAAGGUGACAUAUUUGUUCCAGAAGAAGCAAGAAUGUCUCGGAGAUGAAUACUUUUGGGGCAGCGGUAGUGCAUUCGACGAAGACAUGGAGCGUGACCUGAUCAUGAUGCUGUUGAGCAGAGCCCUCACGUCAGUGCCGGAUAGCAUAUCUUCAGCAGAGCAAGAGCUGCCACUGCUGGAGAUGAUGGUGGCACGGGGAGGUCCCAGCGAGGAGGCCAUGAAGCCGAAGCCGCCGGUUGUGAAACCCGCCUGUCUUCGAAUUCAGGACAAAGCCGAGCUGCAAAGACUGUACAGAGAGAUGGUUUUUCAAUGCCCCCAUCCACAGGCCACCAUGUCGAUCGAAGAAGCGGCAGACCUGGAGAUAGAGGAGAUGCAUGAAAUCGAGGCUGCUCGCGCAAGGAAGCAGGUCGAGCAGGAAGCCCACGAUGCUGACAGAUGGUGGCAUGGGGAUCGAUAUGGAGCCAAAGAGGAAUGGGAGGAAAACCAGAAGUUGUACAAGGAUCGGGAUUUUGACGAGUUCAAAGAUGACCACCCGUGGGGAUCUGGAAACAAAAUGGCCAACAUAGGAUAG